AUCAAGAUUAUUCUUUCUUAAUUUCAACUAGGGCUACGCCAGCCUUAGCCCGUAAUGAUUGUGCAGAAAAAUGUAUAGUGGGAAAUGGAAAGUCAUGACAUUGUUUAUCACGUGUAGGUAUCGCUGAUAAUCUAAUCGCGCACGUUUUACAUGAUAAUAUCACUUUUAUCUCAGUCACUGCAAUUCUUAAGGUCACUAAUACAGAUAAGUGUCUAGAAGAGUUCAGUAUAAGUGCAGUAUACCAAUUAGAAGGACAGUCAUUAUUUCGUCUUCGUGUUAUGAGUGAUAGCUAGGUACAACAUUGGUAGUCUAGUCACACACGCUUCACAUAAUGCACCUCUAAGCCUGAGGAACAUUUCGAAAGAAUACUGAAGCACCUGCAGCGUGUUUCUAAGCUUCUAGCUGCACUUGAGAAAAGGAUUAGCAAGUCUCGGGAUGGGGGAACCGUUUGCUGUCGUCAGCGAGGGACCGGCACUGAGUGACCUUGCUGGGAGGAUUAAGGAAGAUCUCCCGGCUGGUGAGCCAGUGUAUAAUAUUCUGCUGUUUCAUGCCCGUGGCCAUGGCUAUGCCUACACUUUCUACACGCUCAAAGAUCACCCACACACCCACGUCAUUAUGUGGCGCAGCAAAGACGGUACGGAACUCGGUUUUCACUGUCAGGAGAGCGAGGUAGAGCUCCUGAAGGCGGCCCUGAAGCAGUCGCUCUUGUUCUCUUGGCAGGCGCCUUUUGAGAUUGCUUGUGUGCCGGCCUAUUUGAUCGCCGCCAUGCAAGAGGUGGCCAGACACAAGACUGGAUGCUACCUAUCGGAGACAAAAACUCUUGUCUUUAGUUACAAGUCUCCUCAAGACGACGAGCCUCUUAGGUGCCGAGCGGGGUUGCGUGUGCGUCGGCUGGGAACGGCUGCCGUCCGCCGCAUGCUGGAGCACAGCAAGUACGACAAACACAGGCCUCUCGACACCACGGUUCGCUUGGCCCAGAACAUCGCUUCGGCUGGCGUCUACGAGUGCCCGGACGCCAAAACUGAAGAGGUUAUCGACCCGGAAGACGUGCCCGUCGGUGGGGAAGGCGAGACGCCUCUCGCAUAUAUUAGCAUCAUAUUCUAUGGAGGUUUGGCCAUGCUCAUGACGGAGGAGGAGCAUCGUGGGCGUGGGCUUGGAAGUCUCGUGACUCAGGUCGCGGCCAAGAUGCUUGAAGCCCAAGGAUACGCCCCUCAUGCCUAUGUGGAGAUCGAUAACGCAGUGUCUUCUGCGAUGUUCAGCAAGCUACGAGGCUGGCGCAUGACGCAGAGGGCGUCCUGGUUGCAUCCUCCCUUCAUCCAACCUUUGGACGCCCACGACACUCGAGAAUAGCUGUAAAGACAGGAAAGAAGAGAGACAGUCUGAAACCAAGUAUCCAGAAUGUCUUCAUGCACGCCAAUCAUCAAAUGGAGUACAGCCAGGGGAGAGUUCUACUGGUGUUCUACAUGUGACACGGCAUACAGGGAUAGGGAGGGC